AUGUCUGUAGUAAAACCUGAUACGUCGCUUCCUAAUUCUACCUCGCUAAAUACAACUCAUGCCGAAAAUUCUACCCCGCAAGUGACUCUAAAUCCCACCACAGCUCUAGAAAAGUAUAAAAAGAAGGAUUCAAGCAGAGUUGUCGUACGGUUCAGGGCCAUAGGAAAUGCUCCUAUUUUAAAACAAAAUUUCUAUAAAAUAGGCGCGUCUAGUAAAUUUCAAGCCGUGAUCCAAUUCCUAAGAAAGGAACUCAAUUACAAAGCAUCUGACCCUUUGUUUUUAUACAUAAACAGCGCAUUUUCCCCAGCUCCUGACGAGAUUGUUUCCAAUUUGCAUAAGUGUUUUAGUACAGAACAACAUUUAAUAAUAAAUUAUUGCACCAGUGCCGCUUGGGGUUGA